AUGGCCUAUCCUUCUGCACUUCAACCGCAUUAUAACUUGUCACACUCAGUGCAUCUACUAUUCGCUCAUUGGCAUACAUCGGAUCACCAAUCGAGUAGCCAUUCGCUGUCAGGUCAGAUCUUGGAGUACUUGUUUCCUUUUCGUAUCUGUCUCUUAAUAGCUUAUGCGUCAGGUCUUUACGUGGAAAGAUCUCUUCUCUGGUGUUCACGACUCGUACCCCCAUACAACUCCACUAAACUUCUGCCUUCGUCAUCACAAAAAUAA